AUGGCCUCCAAGAUAGUGUUUGUUACCGGUAAUGUCAAUAAGCUCAAGGAAGUGAGGAUGCUGCUGGCACCUGCAGAAGGGCAAGUGCCUGCUUUUGAGUUGACGAACAUUGAUUUUGAUUUAGACGAGCUUCAAGACAGCUCCCUGGAAAACAUCGCCCGUCACAAGGUGUCACAAGCGCAGGAAAAAUUGGCAAAGGGGACUGCAGUUUUUGUGGAGGACACGGCCUUGUGUUUUGAUAGCUACAAUGGACUACCUGGCGCGUAUGUUAAAUGGUUCUUGAAAAGUGUGGGACCAGAGGGAUUGGUCCGUAUGCUUGCCGGAUUCGACAAUAAGAAAGCCGAGGCUGUAACCACGGUUGCAUUUGCAGACUCCAAUGGCCAAAUACAUGUCUUCCAGGGCAAAACUCAGGGCAAGGUCGUGGAUCCUCGCGGAUCCCGCGAGUUUGGCUGGGAUUGCAUUUUUGAGCCCGAAGAAGGCGCUGGAAAGACGUAUGCGGAGAUGGAGAAGAAGGACAAGAACCAAAUAUCGCAGAGGUCCCGAGCGUUUGCGUUGCUGAGCAAACAUUUGAACGGUGCGUCCAACUCUGGAGUGUAA